AUGACCGCCAACCCAGCCAACACGUCUGACCCGGCCGUGUUUGACGGCUGGACAAACGAUCGCAAGUUUUGGGAUGGUCGCGGCCACGUCAACAUCAUCCACGUCGCCGCAGGGGACGCCGCCGCAGUGAACAACACCAUUUACUGGGACCCUGCUGUCAAAGUUCACUCCAUCCCGACACGUACUGUUGCCGCGUAUAUCGUUGCGGUGCUUGAACGGCUUGGAUGUACCGCAGCCGAGGUCAGUAAGAUCAUCGCCAUCCUGAAAUCUACGACCCUUCGCACCACAAUCGUUCACAAGGCCAUGGCUGCUCUCGCUCGUUACCGUAACGCUGGUCACGGCAACAUGUUUCCUACCUCUGUACAGUGGCCAGCGAUCACCGACGAAUGGCCCGACCCUGCCCAAUCUGAGUCUCCCCUCGAUGUCGACAUCGUGCCUUUCGACGACGACGAGGUUGCCACUGUCAAUGACGUUCUGGAACGCUGCAUCAAAGAUGAGGACAUUUGGACCAUCACACCGUACGGCAGGAGCUCGUUCAGCCAAGCCAUCCAAGAACGCGCAGACCAAGACGUGGCGACAUUGGACCCUUCCACGUUCCAGCGUCUCCAGGAGGAAGACAACCGCCUCCAGGAGUUCCCCUUGGACAUCAAAGACUUUGAUGAUGUUUACAGGCUCUCGGAGGCUCUCCUCGACGUCGACAGUGGUAGGCACACCCGUCUCGAUGGGGCCGAGAUGCGGUUGACCGAAACGCUUCGGUUCAUUGUUGUGAUUCGCGGACAGAUAAGGGUAGCCGCCGGCGAGUUUGAAUUCAAGCAGACGAUUUUCCCCAAGCCCUAA